UCCCGCCCGCCUCUUUUCCCUCACUCCUCCGGCUCCUCCUGCGCACGCCCCGGUACCGAUUGUUGACAAAAGACGGCGAGGAGAGACGAAGCGAGGGAACCCGGUGCUUUUGUUUGUUUGUUUGUCCCCCCCACAUUCUCCGGUAGCCCCAAGCGGAAUCUAGCCGGUGUCGGUGGAGCGCGACCGAGAGGAAAGAGCGAGGAGCCUUCGAGGGGGCCCGCGUUUGUUGUUCAUCCGAACGUGACCCUCCGGAAGGUGUGGCCGAGGUGAGUCGCUUGUCGCCGGUGGUCUGACCGCAGCGAAGUCCUCCUCCGACCGCCUGGAAGAAGACUUUGUUUUGAUCGUCAUUUCAGCAUAAAAUGGGCCACCCGCUGUGAGGGGAAGCACCGGUCGAGCCUCGGAGGAAGCAGCGAGGAGGCGGCAGGGAGGGCGUCCUGUGCCCGGAAUGGUGUGAGCUGACACGGCCGGGCAAGUCUGGAUCUGAGCGGGGAGCCGUCCUUCCCCCGGAGCCUGCGCGGCCCCAAGCCGCGUGCCGAGCCCUCCAAGAUGGGGAAGUGCGACGGGAGAUGCACGCUGCUGGGCAUAUGCGCCCUGCAGCUGGUGGCCGCCCUUCAGAGGCAGGUGUUUGACUUCCUGGGCUACCAGUGGGCGCCCAUCCUGGCCAACUUCCUGCACAUCAUGGCCGUCAUCCUGGGCAUGUUCGGCACCGUGCAGUUCCGCUUCAGAUACCUCAUCUUUUACGCAGUGUGGCUGGUGCUGUGGGUGGGCUGGAACGCCUUCAUCAUCUGCUUCUACCUGGAGGUGGGCAAGCUGUCUCAGGACAGGGACUUUCUGAUGACGUUCAACACGUCCCUGCACCGUUCCUGGUGGAUGGAGCACGGUCCCGGUUGCCUGGUGACGCCGGUGUUGGACUCGCACUUGGCCCCCGACGACCACCACGUCAUCACCGUCUCGGGCUGCCUCCUGGACUACCAGUACAUCGAAGUGCUGAGCUCGGCCAUCCAGGUCCUGCUGGCCCUUUUUGGCUUCGUGUACGCGUGCUACAUGAGCAAAGUCUUCCAGGACGACGAGGACAGCUUCGACUUCAUCGGCGGUUUCGACUCGUACGGCUACCAGCCUCCUCAGAAGUCCUCGCACUUGCAACUGCAGCCUCUCUACACGGCUGGCUAACAGACGCUUGCGCCCCCUUCAGGCCCAACAGUGCCACUGCGGAUGGAACGAGGUGGCGGCACCAAUCAGAGAACUCGCUUAGCCCGCCUUGGAGAAGAGAUGUGUGUGAGUGUGAGAGUUUGUGUGUGCCUGAGUAAGAUUACCAUCCCUGAAUGGAAUGUACCAAGCUCAGGGAUGAACCGGCAUGUCGGAGGGAAGGUCGGGUGGGAUGAACCGGAAUUCACCAGAGACACACUUCUUUACCAGCUAGCAACACGAAUGUGUCUAGUCUACUACAGUAUGUGUGUGUGUGUGUGUGUGUGUGUCACAGGACUAACCGGUGCUUUGAAAUCGCACUUCGGACCAUUGUUGUCGUGGGAGGGAGGGUCCCGUAAUUCCAAAAAAAAAAAGAAAAGAAAGGCACGACUCAUUAUCAUUUUAGAAUGUGGUGAUGUCAAACUAGAGCAGUCUUGAGAUUCCUACUCCCAAAGCCGUCUGCAACCGGUCUACAAAACCAUCCAAAAACAAAAGCGCAGGAAACCUACGGCCACAACAAAACGGAAGUUUUGCAGUUUAUCGCCGCCCUUCUGUCCACUGCACCCACUUCGGGUGAAUUCCACUGCAGGAGUCCGUCGAGAGACGCCACGGGAACGGCCGAAAUCCCGGAAAAUGGCCGACUACCUGUGCGCUUCACAACAUCGCUUCGAGACUCAUUUUGGUGCGUCCUGUCAUGACAAACGCGCGGGGCCGGAUUUCGUGUCAAUCGGACACACUGGUGCCGGACGCAAACAUUUUCCAAUAUCGUUUGGGGCGCUUUGUAUUUUUGGUGAAUCCUGGAACUUUUGCUGCCAAGCUCUGCCCGCACACUAUGACGAAAACUCACAAGAAAGAAUCACAAUUUAGGGUUGUCCAUCUGUUUAGUGUGGCGGUGCCAUAUUUGGUGUCAAGCAGGUGACUUUCCAAAGAGGAGUGGGUAGUGCAGACGGCUUUGGGAUCAGGCAUUAGCGCGCCUACGGGGGGGAUGGUGGGAAUACUCUGCAUGUAAAUAACCAGCCAAUGACUGAUUUUGUUUAAAACAAAAAAAAGAGGGGCUUGCAUUAAGUUGUGGGGGAUAUAUUUUUGACUUCAUAUCUGUGUCUUCUCACUCAAACAUCUCAACACGCUCUUUGACACUUUUUUUGUCUGUCAAACGACAGGAGACGGGCAGAACGAGGGAGACAGGUGGUCAACAUCUUUACAUACAGUAAAGGUGCACGCUAGUUUGAAAUAAUAAUAAUAAAAACACACUUUCUACAUGA